AUGGGUCGUGCAAAGCCAAUUCCGACUGAUGCUGAUGCUAUACCAUCCCAAUCAAUGCCCCCACCGAAGCCAAAAAGAAUCAAGAAGGCCCAGCCUAAGGCCAAGGCUGUUGAGGCUGAAGAUAGUUUGCCUAUCUCAAAACUGGCUGAGAGUAAAAAGACUUCUUCUGCUCCUGCGAAAAAGUCUGCCGAGACCCAGCCCUCCGAGUCUACCCAAUCAAAGAAGCCGAGGUCCUCCUCUGCAACGACUUCAAAAUCCAAAGUGCCAAACGUCCCUUGGACGCCCGAGAUUACCCUGGAGGACAAGCCGGUCAUGGCUACUGAUAGUGCCGACGACAUUAAUGUCGGCGUUGCCCUUAGUACAACUCUUCUUCUCCCAGGUGAUCUGGAAAAGAAUGCUGGAAUGAGUGAGUAUGAAAAUUAUGCUUUCAUGCUUCAACACCGUGUUCAAGCUGUUCAGCAUGCCCACUCCUUCUCCAUGCAAUCUUUUGAGAACAAGGAGAAGUUAACUGACUUGCAGAAGGAGUAUUCUGCACUUCAGAAGAUCAACAAGGGCCUUCAAGCAAAAAUGAAGAAAUUGGAAGACCAGGCCGAGGCUGCCACUAAAGCCCAAACUUUGGCCGAAGAAAAGGCCGAGGCUGCUGAAGCUGUAAAGAAAGUUGCCGAAGCGCAAAAAAAUGAAGCCGAGGACAAGGCCACCCAAGCCGAGAAGGAGCUUCAGGAGGCCUUGGCCACCAAAAAGGCUGAAAUCAAAGAAGCUGAUGAAAAGGCUUAUGCGCAGGGCAUGGCCAACGUCACUGAGGAGUACAAGCUUCAAGUCAGGCAAGCAUGCAACAGGGGAUUUUCCCUUGGUUGGAUGUCUCUGCUAAAAAGACUUGAUCUCCCUGCAGACUCGCCUUUCCGUAAUGCCGACGCUAUUCCUCUCCCAUUUCCUCCUCCAAGUCAGUCCGAAGAUGAAUUUAGUCUGAGCCUGAGGAUGGAGAUGAUCAGGAUGCUGAGGCCUUGA